GGCGGCGGCGGCGGCGGCUCCGGUUCCUGCGCCUCGCGGGGUUUCUAUUUCAACACGGUCCUGUCACUGGCCCGCUCCCUGGCGGUGCAGAGACCAGCAUCCUUGGAGAAGGUCCAAAAGCUUCUUUGCAUGUGUCCAGUGGAUUUCCAUGGGAUCUUCCAGUUAGAUGAAAGACGGAGAGAUGCAGUGAUUGCAUUGGGCAUUUUUCUGAUUGAAUCUGAUCUUCAGCACAAAGAUUGUGUGGUUCCUUACCUUCUGCGACUUCUCAAAGGUCUUCCAAAAGUGUAUUGGGUAGAAGAAAGCACAGCUCGGAAAGGCAGAGGUGCCCUCCCAGUUGCAGAGAGCUUCAGCUUCUGCUUGGUAACUCUGCUGUCUGAUGUGGCCUAUAGGGAUCCUUCACUCAGGGAUGAGAUUUUAGAAGCGCUUUUGCAGGUUUUGCAUGUCCUCUUGGGGAUGUGCCAGGCCUUGGAGAUUCAAGACAAAGAAUACCUUUGCAAGUAUGCUAUCCCAUGCCUGAUAGGAAUCUCGCGAGCAUUUGGGCGUUACAGCAACAUGGAAGAGUCUCUCCUCUCAAAGCUCUUUCCAAAAAUCCCUCCUCAUUCCCUCCGUGUCCCAGAAGAGCUUGAAGGUGUUCGAAGGCGUUCCUUUAAUGACUUCCGCUCCAUCCUCCCCAGCAAUCUGCUGACUGUCUGUCAGGAGGGUACCCUGAAGAGGAAAACCAGCAGUGUGUCCAGCAUCUCUCAGGUCAGCCCUGAACGUGGCAUGCCCCCUCCCAGUUCCCCUGGAGGAUCCGCCUUUCACUACUUUGAAGCCUCCUGCUUGCCCGAUGGGACUGCCCUAGAGCCUGAGUACUACUUUUCAACCAUCAGCUCCAGUUUCUCCGUCUCUCCCCUUUUCAACGGCGUCACAUAUAAGGAGUUUAACAUUCCAUUGGAAAUGCUUCGGGAACUCUUAAACUUGGUAAGCAAAGAACUGAUGGAUGAACAGACUAUGGAUAUGCUGGAUCAUGUUUGUCUGCCUUCCCUGCAGGCCAACCCCAGUGCUGAUCUCUACUACACUUCCUUCAGUGACCCCCUCUACCUGACCAUGUUCAAGAUGCUGCGCGACACUCUGUACUACAUGAAGGACCUCUCGACCUCUUUUGUGAAGGAGAUCCAUGAUUUUGUGCUGGAGCAGUUCAACACGAGCCAGGGGGAGCUCCAGAAGAUUCUACAUGACGCAGACCGGAUCCACAAUGAGCUGAGCCCCCUCAAAUUGCGCUGCCAGGCUAAUGCUGCCUGCGUGGACCUCAUGGUGUGGGCCGUCAAGGACGAGCAGGGUGCGGAAAACCUUUGCAUCAAGCUAUCUGAGAAGCUGCAGUCCAAGACGUCCAGCAAAGUCAUCAUUGCUCACUUGCCCCUGCUGAUCUGCUGUCUGCAGGGUUUGGGCCGUCUGUGCGAGAGGUUCCCGGUGGUGGUACACUCUGUGACACCGUCCUUGCGAGACUUCCUGGUCAUCCCGUCCCCAGUUCUGGUGAAGCUCUACAAGUACCACAGUCAGUACCACACAGGUAAUAACAGACCGUGUGCCUUUCAGGCCCUGAGAAAGGGACUGUGUGAGCCCCACACAGGUUUCAUGACUGUACCUGGGCACAUUCCUUCACCACACCUUUCCUUCUGUCUUUCCCUCUGCGUCCCCUUGAAGCUCCAGGCCUUUCCUCCCCGGUCUUCUCUCAUCCUAUAUUCAUGUUACCACCAAAGGCCCCUUCAAAUCCUAUGCCUCAAUGCCACAUGGGUUUUCUUGCUCCUCAGGUGCCUGAAGGCUGGAUUGACGGUGGACCCAGUGAUCGUGGAGGCAUUCUUGGCCAGCCUGUCCAACCGGCUCUACAUCUCUCAGGAGAGUGACAAGGACGCUCACUUGAUUCCCGACCACACAAUCCGAGCCUUGGGACACAUCGCGGUGGCCUUGAGGGACACCCCGAAGGUCAUGGAGCCCAUUCUGCAGAUCCUGCAGCAGAAAUUCUGCCAACCACCCUCCCCUCUCGAUGUGCUGAUUAUUGACCAGCUGGGCUGCCUGGUUAUCACCGGAAAUCAAUACAUCUAUCAGGAAGUGUGGAACCUCUUCCAGCAGAUCAGUGUGAAGGCCAGCUCCGUUGUAUACUCAGCCACCAAAGAUUACAAGGACCACGGCUAUAGGCAUUGCUCCCUGGCAGUGAUUAAUGCCCUGGCCAACAUUGCGGCCAACAUCCAAGACGAGCACCUGGUGGAUGAGCUGCUCAUGAACCUGCUGGAAUUGUUUGUGCAGCUGGGGCUGGAGGGGAAGCGAGCCAGCGAGAGGGCGAGUGAGAAGGGCCCUGCCCUGAAGGCUUCUAGCAGCGCAGGGAACUUGGGAGUACUCAUUCCUGUAAUAGCUGUGCUCACCCGACGACUGCCGCCCAUCAAAGAAGCUAAGCCUCGGUUACAGAAGCUCUUCCGGGACUUCUGGCUAUAUUCCGUUCUGAUGGGAUUCGCUGUGGAGGGCUCAGGACUCUGGCCAGAAGAGUGGUACGAAGGGGUCUGUGAAAUAGCCACCAAGUCCCCCCUGCUCACCUUUCCCAGCAAGGAGCCACUGCGGUCCGUCCUCCAGUAUAACUCAGCCAUGAAGAACGACACGGUCACCCCUGCUGAGCUGAGUGAGCUCCGCAGCACCAUCAUCAACCUGCUGGACCCCCCUCCCGAAGUGUCCGCACUCAUCAACAAGCUGGACUUCGCCAUGUCCACCUACCUCCUCUCUGUGUACCGGCUGGAGUACAUGAGGGUACUGCGUUCAACAGAUCCUGAUCGCUUCCAGGUAAUGUUCUGCUACUUUGAGGAUAAAGCUAUUCAGAAAGACAAAUCUGGGAUGAUGCAGUGUGUGAUUGCAGUCGCAGACAAAGUAUUCGAUGCCUUCCUGAACAUGAUGGCAGAUAAAGCCAAGACCAAGGAGAACGAGGAGGAGCUGGAGCGGCACGCUCAGUUCCUGUUGGUGAACUUUAACCACAUUCACAAGAGGAUAAGGAGGGUGGCAGACAAGUAUCUGUCUGGUCUGGUGGAUAAGUUUCCCCACUUGCUCUGGAGCGGGACUGUGCUGAAGACCAUGCUGGACAUCCUGCAGACCCUGUCACUGUCCCUGAGCGCUGAUAUUCACAAGGACCAGCCUUACUAUGACAUCCCUGACGCCCCCUAUCGGAUCACGGUUCCUGACACAUACGAAGCCCGUGAGAGCAUUGUGAAGGACUUCGCUGCACGCUGUGGGAUGAUCCUGCAGGAGGCCAUGAAGUGGGCACCUACCGUCACCAAGUCCCACCUGCAGGAAUAUCUGAACAAACAUCAGAACUGGGUGUCAGGACUGUCCCAGCACACGGGACUGGCCAUGGCCACUGAGAGCAUCCUUCACUUUGCUGGCUACAACAAGCAGAACACAACUCUCGGGGCAACUCAGCUAACCGAGCGCCCGGCCUGUGUGAAGAAAGACUACUCCAACUUCAUGGCGUCCCUGAAUUUGCGCAACCGCUACGCAGGCGAGGUGUAUGGAAUGAUUCGGUUCUCAGGCACCACAGGCCAGAUGUCUGACCUGAACAAAAUGAUGGUCCAGGAUCUACAUUCAGCGUUAGACCGCAGUCAUCCUCAGCACUACACGCAGGCCAUGUUCAAGCUGACUGCAAUGCUCAUUAGCAGCAAAGAUUGUGACCCGCAGCUCCUUCAUCAUCUUUGCUGGGGUCCCCUCCGGAUGUUCAACGAGCAUGGCAUGGAGACAGCCCUGGCCUGCUGGGAAUGGCUGCUGGCCGGCAAGGAUGGAGUAGAAGUGCCGUUCAUGCGGGAGAUGGCAGGGGCCUGGCACAUGACGGUGGAGCAGAAGUUUGGCCUGUUUUCUGCUGAGAUAAAGGAAGCAGACCCCCUGGCCGCCUCGGAAGCGAGUCAACCCAAACCCUGUCCUCCUGAAGUGACCCCCCACUACAUCUGGAUCGACUUCCUGGUGCAGCGGUUUGAGAUUGCCAAGUACUGCAGCUCUGACCAAGUGGAGAUCUUCUCCAGCCUGCUGCAGCGCUCCAUGUCCCUGAACAUCGGCGGGGCCAAGGGAAGCAUGAACCGGCAUGUGGCGGCCAUCGGGCCCCGCUUCAAGCUGCUGACCCUGGGGCUGUCCCUCCUGCAUGCCGACGUGGUUCCAAAUGCAACCAUCCGCAAUGUGCUUCGCGAGAAGAUCUACUCCACCGCCUUUGACUACUUCAGCUGUCCCCCAAAGUUCCCUACUCAAGGAGAGAAGCGGCUGCGUGAAGACAUAAGCAUCAUGAUUAAAUUUUGGACCGCCAUGUUCUCAGAUAAGAAGUACCUGACCGCCAGCCAGCUUGUUCCCCCAGAUAAUCAGGACACCCGGAGCAACCUGGACAUAACUGUUGGCUCUCGGCAACAAGCCACCCAAGGCUGGAUCAACACCUACCCCCUGUCCAGUGGCAUGUCCACCAUCUCCAAGAAGUCAGGCAUGUCUAAGAAAACCAACCGGGGCUCCCAGCUACACAAAUACUACAUGAAGCGAAGGACGCUGCUGCUGUCCCUGCUGGCCACUGAGAUCGAGCGGCUCAUCACAUGGUACAACCCACUGUCAGCCCCAGAACUGGAGCUAGACCAGGCCGGAGAGAACAGCGUGGCCAACUGGAGAUCUAAGUACAUCAGCCUGAGUGAGAAGCAGUGGAAGGACAACGUGAACCUGGCCUGGAGCAUCUCUCCCUACCUGGCUGUGCAGCUGCCUGCCAGGUUUAAGAACACAGAAGCCAUCGGGAAUGAAGUGACCCGUCUCGUUCGGUUGGACCCAGGAGCCGUUAGUGAUGUGCCUGAAGCGAUCAAGUUCCUGGUCACCUGGCACACCAUCGACGCCGACGCUCCGGAGCUCAGCCAUGUGCUGUGCUGGGCACCCACAGACCCACCCACGGGCCUCUCCUACUUCUCCAGCAUGUACCCGCCGCACCCUCUCACAGCGCAGUACGGGGUGAAAGUCCUGCGGUCCUUCCCUCCGGACGCCAUCCUCUUCUACAUCCCCCAGAUCGUGCAGGCCCUCAGGUACGACAAGAUGGGCUAUGUGCGGGAGUAUAUUCUGUGGGCAGCGUCUAAAUCCCAGCUUCUGGCGCACCAGUUCAUCUGGAACAUGAAGACUAACAUUUAUCUAGACGAAGAAGGCCACCAGAAAGACCCUGACAUCGGCGACCUCCUGGAGCAGUUAGUAGAGGAGAUCACAGGCUCCUUGUCGGGCCCAGCGAAGGACUUUUACCAGCGGGAGUUUGAUUUCUUUAACAAGAUCACCAAUGUGUCGGCUAUCAUCAAGCCCUACCCUAAAGGCGACGAGAGAAAGAAGGCUUGUCUGUCGGCCCUGUCUGAAGUGAAGGUGCAGCCGGGCUGCUACCUGCCCAGCAACCCGGAGGCCAUCGUGCUGGACAUCGACUACAAGUCUGGGACCCCGAUGCAGAGUGCUGCAAAAGCCCCAUAUCUGGCCAAGUUCAAGGUGAAGCGAUGUGGAGUUAGCGAACUUGAAAAAGAAGGUCUGCGGUGCCGCUCAGACUCCGAGGAUGAGUGCAGCGCGCAGGAGGCCGACGGCCAGAAGAUCUCCUGGCAGGCAGCCAUCUUCAAAGUGGGGGACGACUGCCGGCAGGACAUGCUGGCCCUGCAGAUCAUCGACCUCUUCAAGAACAUCUUCCAGCUGGUCGGCCUGGACCUCUUUGUUUUUCCCUACCGCGUGGUGGCCACUGCCCCUGGGUGCGGGGUGAUUGAGUGCAUCCCCGACUGCACCUCCCGGGACCAGCUGGGCCGCCAGACAGACUUCGGCAUGUACGACUACUUCACACGCCAGUACGGGGACGAGUCCACCCUGGCCUUCCAGCAGGCCCGCUACAACUUCAUCCGAAGCAUGGCCGCCUACAGCCUCCUGCUGUUCCUGCUGCAGAUCAAGGACAGACACAACGGCAACAUUAUGCUGGACAAGAAGGGCCAUAUCAUCCACAUCGACUUUGGCUUCAUGUUUGAAAGCUCGCCCGGCGGCAAUCUUGGCUGGGAACCCGACAUUAAGCUGACGGAUGAGAUGGUGAUGAUCAUGGGGGGCAAGAUGGAGGCCACGCCCUUCAAGUGGUUCAUGGAGAUGUGUGUGCGUGGCUACCUGGCUGUGCGGCCCUACAUGGACGCGGUCGUCUCCCUGGUCACUCUCAUGUUGGACACGGGCCUGCCCUGUUUUCGCGGCCAGACGAUCAAGCUCUUGAAGCACAGGUUUAGCCCCAACAUGACCGAGCGUGAGGCUGCAAAUUUCAUCAUGAAGGUCAUCCAGAGCUGCUUCCUCAGCAACAGGAGCCGGACCUACGACAUGAUCCAGUACUAUCAGAAUGACAUCCCCUACUGAGGAGGGGACCUCCAAGGCCCUUCGCCCCAUGUGCCCUUGAAGCUGCCCCACAAUCAUGGAGCCCUGUGACCUCCCCGCCCUGCCACCACAUGCAGUGGAGGACAGACCUGUGGCCGGAAGAGCCUGGUAGCGCCUCCUGGGGCAGCACGUGGGUGGCGCAGCCUUGGUAACGCCAUGGACUGCAGUGACAAUCAUUGGAUGGUGCUGUCUAUGCACAGGUGUGAGUCCUCUGUUUGCACUGGACAUAUUCCCUACCUGUCUUAUUUCAUAGGUACAUGAAGUAUUUUCUUGUGUAUAAAAAAAAGAUACAAGAUUUAACCAACAUCAACAAAAUAAAAACCCAAAAUAGUGCUGUGUUGGAA